AAUUUUUCUCAACAUCUCCUCCUCUUCCUCCCAUUGCUGCUGCCGCCGUAGGAGGGCGAGACUGAGGCCUAGGCGAAGAAGCGGAUUGCGUCAACGACGAGAGAGACCUGCAUAUCAAUUUCUAGAACAUUAGGUACGGAGUAUUAUUGAGUUAUGCUCCAGUUUUGAUGCCUCUAAUUAUGUUUUGAGACCUGCAUAGCAAUUUCUGCUAAUUAUGUUUUUGAAGAGAAUAAUUGCCCGCUUUAUGCAUCUAAUUUGAUUGUUAAUUAUUGUUUGAAGAAAUUUUGUUUUGGGUUGAGCUAUAGCUCGUGCUUCAAUUGAUUUUCUUUUUGGCGUUAUUUUCCCCCUUUUUUCUGUGCUGGUGUUGUAUCCUCUGUUUCUCGAGCUUUUGCCUCUGAUGUUAUGGUGAAAGUCCUUGUUUUGGUAUGUUAUGUUGUUAGCUUAAUAAGUUAUGAUUUCAAGUGUCACCUGUGGUUUUUGCGAGAUAUUUUAUUUUGUUCUGGACAAUUUCUUGGCAUCUGUUUGAAUGGAAUGAAUUUUUCAUGAAAGACAAUUUUGCAUUUGGAAGGGACAUUAUUGAUUCAUUUUGAGAGUUGAAUUAGCUGUCAAAUUGAUUGUAUAAUACUAAAAUGGAAGUGCAUCUUUAUGUUUUAGCCCUUUGAUUUGAUCGAAUCAAAGCUCCUAUCGUGAAAAUCAGGAAAGCAUGUGAUAUUUUAUGCUUGUUGUUCUCUACUAAGUAGUGCUAUUGACAUAUAAAAAAGUUGAGGGUUCAAGAAAAUUAAAGGUUAAAGAUGAAGGAUUUGCUACCGUCAGCGAUUAAAAACAAAGAGAAAAGGUCGGAAGUUCAUGCGAAGUUGAAGCACCAGAAGAAACUUGAAAAGAAGAAGAAGGCCAAGGUUCGUGAAGCUGCAGAGAAGCAAGCAUUGGAGCUGGGGGAGGAGCCUCCUGCAAGGCCAGUCCCUCGGACCAUUGAAAACACCCGUGAGCUGGAUGAAACUGUUUGUAAGCCUGAUGAUGAAGAGCUAUUUGCUGGAAACGAGGCUGAUGAAUUCAGCUGCAUAUUGAAAGAAGAACGCGCUCCUAAGGUGUUGAUCACAACAUCUCGCUUCCACUCCUCGAGAGGGCCUGCAUUUAUUGAUGAGCUUAUCUCUGUCAUCCCCAAUGCUCAUUAUCAUAAAAGAGGAACUUAUGACCUUAAAAAGAUUGUUGAAUAUGCCAAUAAUAAAGAUUUCACCUCCAUCAUAGUUGUUCAUACCAACCGUCGGGAACCAGAUGCUUUACUAAUUAUUGGAUUACCAAGUGGGCCUACUGCUCACUUCAAAUUAUCGAGGCUCGUUUUGCGGAAGGACAUUAAGAAUCAUGGAAAUCCAACCAACCACCAGCCUGAGUUGGUUUUCAAUAAUUUCACAACACGCUUGGGACAUCGUAUAGGCAGGUUGAUACAGUCACUGUUCCCACAAGACCCCAAUUUCCGAGGACGGAGAGUUGUUACAUUUCACAAUCAGCGUGAUUUCAUAUUCUUCCGCCAUCACCGAUACAUUUUCGAAACAAAAGAAAGCAAAGAGCCUGAAUCGAAAGGUAAAGGGAAAAAGGAGGUGGCUAAAACUCAAGAGAAAGUUAUUACCAGGCUUCAGGAAUGUGGUCCUCGCUUCACUCUGAAGCUAAUCAGUCUUCAGCAUGGAACAUUUGAUACAAAGGGAGGUGAAUAUGAAUGGACACAUAAGCCUGAGAUGGACACCAGUCGGAGAAGGUUUUUCUUGUGAAGCGCUCCGGGGUGCGAUUUUUGUAGCCAAUUUAAUUUUAGAUGUGAUUUUCUUGAAGAAUUUGUGUUGCCUUUUCUGUCUUUUUUUUUGGCUCCAACUUUUCUUGCAUUAUGCAACUCGAUGUAACUUUUGAUGGAAGUGUAUAAGAUUAGCAACAGAUAGUUCAAUGACAACAAAAUCAUUUUCUGUCCAA